AUGGAUCCUUUCAGCGACAGUGGCGAACUGUAUCAGCUUAGACAGCAGUUCUAUGCUGCCAAGUACAAUGAUCUGGCAAAUGCCAACCUGGAAGACUUGAUUUUCUCCAAUGAAGAGAAUAAAUACAGAGCAUACCAGCUUCAGAUAAGAUCGCUAUUGGCUUUGGGCAAAUACGACAAAGCUAAAUCCGAGAUAGCUAAGGUUUCAGUCGAUGAACCACUGGCAUCCGAGUUUAAAGCCUUGCAAGCUUACACAGAUUUCUUGAAAAAUGGAAAGACCAAAUCGGAAGAAUUGGAAGGCCUUGUCUCUUCCAAUAGCGACAACGAAACGAUAAACCUGCUCGGAGGACUUUACUACGUGACAUUACAGGAUUUCGAUUCCGCAAUCUCCUUAUUGUCCUCCUCCCAAGGUUUUGAGAAUAUCUCAUUGCUUGUCUAUGUUCAUCUGUUGCUCAACAAGAACAAAGAAGCCGCAAAGAUCCUGUCCAACUUCAGCCAAAUUUCCCAGGACAACGUUGUGUUUACACUUUCGCAAUCGUGGUACGACCUUGUCAACUUUGACGAGUCGUUGAAGUCUGCCUACUACUUUUACGACGAGUUCUCCUCCAACGAGAACACCGUCAGCACGAAGAACCUGCUUUGCUUGUUCAUCUCCAACAUGAAACUGUUACAUUUCCCGGAGGCACAGGAUGUUUUGAACAAGAUCGCGGAACUGGGAGACGAAGGGGUCAAGGAAUGGAAAACAGAUUUGUUGAUCAAUAGAAUCACUUUUGAGAUCCUUCAAGGUAACGAGUACACGGAGUUGCUGGCCGAGUUGAAGAAAACCGAUCCUACUUGCGGCUACCUUGAGGACUUGGAAGAGAAAAACCAGGUCUUCGACUCGAUCGUCGAAAAGUAUGCUGUUUAG